GCGGUGUUGGGUGUAGACGGGCCAAUUGGGCGCGGGGGAAAAGCCAUGCUGCCGCCGUUCGGCAAGCUGUGGUGGGGGUGGUUUGACGGCGGAGCAGUUAGCGGGGGUGUCCUUCCGCCGCGUUUCCCCCAACCAACUUCACACACAUACACACGUAUCCUUCGUUUUUUACUUUUCUUGCUGCUUGUGUUUCCCUGCCACGCAAAUGUCCAUUGCCAAGUUGCGCAGACAGCAGGAUUCCAACAACAGUUCGCCAAACAUGCAGGUCCCUUUGCUCCGCCUCCAAUGCGGCGUCAACUCGUACGAAUGGGGUAAGAAGGGCAGCUCUUCUGCCGCCGCCAAGUUUGCUGCUGCUACACCUGCUGCCAACUUCUCCAUCCAGGAAGACCAGCCGUAUGCCGAGUUGUGGAUGGGCACCCACCCCUCCAACCCCUCCAGAGACCUGACCACCGGCCGAACACUCCUUGAGCUUUGCAGCGAGAACGAAAUCCUCCUCUCCAAGACGAUUGCCGACAAGUAUGGCGCCAAGCUGCCCUUCCUCUUCAAGGUGCUCUCCGUCAACAAGGCCCUGUCCAUCCAGGCCCAUCCCAACAAGAAGCUUGCCGAGCAGCUGCACGCCCGCGACCCUAAGAACUAUCCCGAUGACAACCACAAGCCUGAGAUGGCUAUUGCCAUUACCCCCUUUGAGGGACUCUGCGGCUUCCGUCCCCUGGCGGAGAUUACACACUUUCUCAACUCGGUCCCGUCCUUCAAGAAGCUCGUUGGUGCCGACAAUGCCACUGCUCUCGCCAGCGCUGCCAACGACGGCGCCGAGGGCGUUACCGAGGGCAAGAAGGCUGCGUUGAAGACGGCCUUUGCUGGCCUCAUGUCUUCGUCUGCUGAGGAUAUUGCUGCGGCCGUCAAGGAGCUCGUUGCUCAGGUCGAGGCUGAAGGUUCCUCGUUUGCUGCUGGCGGUGUCACCUCCACCUCUGGCGAGACUCUUGCUGAGCUUGUGCCCCGCCUCAACAGCCAAUUCACCGACGACAUUGGCCUUUUCGUUCUCUUCUUCCUCAACUUUGUUAAGCUGGAGGCGGGCGAGGCGCUCUUCCUCGUCGCUGACGACAUCCACGCCUACGUCUCUGGCGACAUUAUCGAGUGCAUGGCUGCUUCCGACAACGUUGUCCGUGCUGGAUUCACACCCAAGUUCAAGGAUGUUACAACCCUCGUUGACAUGCUCACAUACAACUUUGCUCCCAUUGACGAGCAGAAGAUGACCCCCGCCGAGUACCCCUAUGCCACUCUCAACGCCCCCGCCUACACCAGCGGAUCCAGCGUUUCUCUUUACGACCCUCCAAUUGACGAGUUCAGCGUUGCUCGCGCCCAGCUCAAGGGUGUUGGUGCCAAGGCUACUUUCGAACCCCUUGAAGGCCCCAGCAUUGUCAUCUGCACCAAUGGCUCUGGCCGCAUCUCUGUUGGACCUACCGCUUUCGACAUGGAAGAGGGAUACGUCUUCUUUGUUGGCUCCACUGCCGAGUGCGUGCUGGAAUCUACAAGCGAGGAGUUCACCACCUUCAAGGCAUUCUGUGAAGUUGAUGACCAGGCCAAGGAGCGCUUGUAACGGUAAUGAAUGAACAAUGGCGAAGCAGGGAACAAAAAGUUUGCUUGACGAGAAUCACGCUUAUGUAGUUGACUGAAAUGAAUCAUGUUUAAUAUUUCCCAUCUU